AUCGACCUUUAAGAACACUUUUGAAUACUUGAUGGUUUGCUGCCGAAAGACGCUAUAGUCAGUUUCAAGGUCACGAUGGGUUCCUGCCUAGUUAAUGAUAUUUUUGGACCAUAAGAUGUACAAAAAUAUCCAGCUUCAAAAUGUCGUCUCAAAAUUUACUUAAAUUCGGUGUUGAAUUUAAGGGGAAUGGACAAUUGUUCACUCUUGAAUCUCCAGCCGUCUAUGAUAACAUAUUGUCUGUGGUUUCAAAACAAUUUGGAAUUUCAGAGGCUGAAAUUCCCAACUACUGCCUCCGGAAAACCAAUCGUGAUGGGGCAACAGAAUACUAUACGAACGAAGAGAAUUGUCGAAUAAAAACUGGAGAUGUUGUCCAGUUGGUUGAAAUUCCGAGUAAAGCAGUUGAAAAGUUUAUUUCAAUUCUCGAUCAAGAGUUAGAUUACUUAUUUCACAAUAGUAGUAAUAAUAGUAAUAAUAACAACAAUAACAAGCAUAGCAACAGCAAUAAUAAUGGUUCUAGUGCAACACAUCAUCUACAAGAAUUAUUCAAACAAACAUUAAUGGAACUGGUCAUUGUAUUACAGUGUAGACAAUUUAUCAGAGAUUUCGUCAAGUGUGAAGGGCACUGCAAACUUUUCCAACUUGUUGAAGCGAUUGAUAGAUUGGAUAGAGCAUUUCACGAUCAAAUUUGGCCGCAUCUCUUGUCAUGUCUAGCUGAAUUAUCCAAGUAUGCUAUAACUAAUCGGCUCAGCGCUAAUAAUGAAGAUAAUAUGACUUAUCCCAUUACCUGUUAUACAACAAGUGAUAAUUAUAGGCCUUGUUCAUCUGACGAAAUGACUACUAAACAAAAUAAUGAUAACGUUAAUCCAGUACCGCUGAGAAGUAUCAGUAAUAUUGUCAGUGGCAGUAACAGAGAAGAGUUUUUCAGCUGGCAGUUGGUGUCCGAUCAUUUUUUAUUUGUAAUUAUUGAUCAUUGUAGACGGGAGAACAAUUUAGUUUGUUUAAAGCAUGAGAUGAAAUUAAUUUUAAAAAUUAUCACAGACUAUCCUGUGAGAAUUCAAUAUGUCAUUGAGCAAACAAAACACGGAUUUAUAUUGGAUUUAUUGAAAAUGAUUCAUGUAAAUACUGCUGUAUACAAAUACACAGUGUAUGGUUCAACGCAGAAGGACGAACUACGCUGUGAUAUACAAAAUCUUAUUAUGAAAUUUUUAUAUGUUGUAUUUUAUUACGCGAAGCAGAACGAUUAUUUAUCCUCAUUAGUACCACAGUAUCUUAGAAAUAUUCGUUUUGUCGAAUGGAUCCCGGAACUAAGUAUUCGUUACUUCUGGGAAUCUAUCAUAACCCCCUAUCAUCAUCAACAUUGUCACUACAAUCAAUCUGAUUACUCUGUUGAAACAGUCAACUCAUAUUCCCCCAUUGAUUCAUAUGAUGACAAUGCAGAGAUUACUUUUGUAUUGAAACGCAUGAAUGAACUUUCAAGAAUUCUAGACAAAAAUGAUCCAGCACAUGAAGAAGACAAUCAAAGUAACAUGAAGAAUAAUAGUACUGUUGACAAUAACAACAUUGGACCCCGAGAAAAAGAUAACAACAAUAGUAAUAAUAAACACCCUUGUGUACAAUUAUUUGGUUCGUUGUGUCGCGUGCAACAGUUGAUUAACAGUUUGUUAUUAAACCGAAUGAAUACACCAUUGGAUCGCACAUCAGAAGUAAACAUGGAGAAAAUGAAUCAGUUAUGUUCAGCUGUCUAUUGCGACGAGUAUACACUUAGUCCAAGUGUGGAAUCUAUGGAAGAAGCAUGCAUAAGACUUGGAUUCAAAAUACCAACAGAUCCAUAUGCUGAUUUUCAAGAGUCUCCAGGUUCUCUUGCAUUUCACAGUAUACACGCGUAUGCAAUGAAGAAUAAAAACAAGUUAAUUGAUAUGCUCAGUUAUGCUUAUCCACUUCAAAAAUAUGACAGUUUUACAAGUUAUCGUAAAUCAAAUUUCCUGUCUGAAUUCCCUUCUCCUCCACUGAAUACUAAUAAUUCUCUCAAUUUACUUAAUAAUCUGUAUGAUGACGGCGUUGGUGGUGAUGCUACUAGCGGUGGCUAUGGAGGUGGUGUAAGCGGUAAAACUUCUCGUGUACAUCGUCACUUCUCAGCUGUUGAUUCAAAUUAUAUCAAAUACGUGUUGAAUACUACUCAUUUACGCUAUGAUAAUGAACAGUGUUACAACACUGGACGACGUUUUACAGUUGACUCGUUAUCAUCCAGUCUACAGCAAACUUUCAAACCAUUCAAAGGGAUGGUUAGUAGUCAUUCCUCGUCUUACUAUUAUUAUUAUCCUCCCACUUCACUAACUGAGAAGAGGCCGUUAUUUCCAGUAAUUGAAGCUGCCAAUGCUGUUACAAGAAUGCUUUGCGAAUUGAUCUCAGUUCACAGUGAAGUUCAUGAUUCUCAGUUUAUUAUAGAAGAGGAUACGAAUGAAUUUUGUCUGCCUUCACUUUUCUACCCAAUACUCUUAAGUUAUCAUAGUCUGGGGGAUACACUAUUUGAAGAUUUAUUCGACUGCGUCUUUUCAACAUUUUUCUAUACAUGGACUCAAAUGAAAGCUGUUCCAGAAGAUUUAGUUGGAAUUUUGUGUGUUGUCCGGGAACAGAUAAAUCGAAUCUUGAAAACUACUCCAAUCUCAUUUGAAGAAUUUGAAAAGUCUCUGGCUAACUUCAAUCCUUACGAUGUGCCAUCUAUGUGGUCGAAACGUGAAAAUAAUAUACGUAUGAAUAUGCUACACAAUCAUCCAGCUUUAAUACAGUUACGCAAUGACCUGAAGAGGCGUCAUCAGGACCAUGUAUACGAGAACCGCUUAAAUAUAUUGUCAACGUCAGCACCUUUAGAAUAUAUUCCAUCAAAAGGAUCAAAAUUAUCCAGCAAGGACAAUCAGUCUUUCACUGUUCUCUUGUCAACUGAUCGUAAAUCUUUUGUGAUAAGAGAUGCAAACCAAGCUAUAAGGGAAAUAUGGCCGUUAAAAUCUGUUAUUCGAGUAUCUUUGGGUCCUGCUGAAAAAGUCAAGAAGAAUCCAGAACGAACUCUAAUCUUUCAUGUUGAAUUAAGUGAUGUGGCAAAUCAGGAUGAUUCCAAUGAAUCAGUGAAUAUUAAAUCACGAUGCUUCCGAGCCAGCCUACUUGCUAGAUCAACGAUAGAAUAUCACUAUUGGUUAGACGGUUUAUUUCUGGUAAACAAAUUAAAUAAUCCAAGUGACUAUUACAGUGAAGAUGUGGAGCGGUUAAUUGAUUUGGAUAUGCGUAUACGUCUUUCAAGUUUAGAUUUAAGUGAACUACCUAAAAGAGAAAUUUCUAUACCUCCAGAUCCUCCACCUUUGGAUUUUGUUUAA